CUAUUUGGUGGCAGUUAGUCAUUAUUCGGUCAAAGAGGUGCACUGUCCCUUUAAGAGUGAAAUCAUGAAAAUCUCGCCGCAAUAGUGUGAUUAGGACACGAAAACACAUUGAUAUGGAUUUAAAUAACCAUGAUAACAGCUGAUUUUUUAAAACAGAAAUGUUAUUUCUUGAGGUCGCAUCAAACGUUUUCAUGACAGACAACGAAAAGGAAGUUCCACCAGUGCUGUUUUUUUUUUUUGCCAUUUUGAGCCGUAGUUCUUGCCGUAGUUUGGAGCUUACGCUCUGCUUCGGUCCUCUACGCACGUUAUUUCUGUGCGAAAUUAGUCCGUCUUGACUCUGCUUCUCCGAUUUAUUGCAACACACACCGUGUCUGUUGACACGACCCACCGGACGUCUUUUGUUUGGUGAAUCAUGUUAAAUGAAACGGAACAGCCCGAUAGAUAACAGCUAGCGAGCAGCUAAUAAAUCCAAUGGUCGCCGAGUUCGAACGUCCUCGAAAUGAACCACGCUGUGAGCGUAAGUGACUCUCCAUCAGCUGCUUUAUGCAGUAGCGGUAGAAACUCCCUCUCCCACUGAACAUAUAUCAGUGCCCCACGGACAGCUUCCCUGGCGAGGAGGAGGGUAAAUGUGUCCGCCGUGUGACUGCGCGGUAGCCGGACUCCUCCUCGUCUUCGCGCUGUCCACGUGUUUCUACAUCAACCACCUGUGCGUCCAUCGGACCAGCCCGGUUCGACCGGACGACGCGAAGCAAAAUAGACCUAUAAAUAUAAUACACCUGCAGCAGAACAUCACAGUGGAGACAUGGGCAGCGGCUCGAGAGAGGCCGAAACCGACUGCUUUGCCCAGAGGGGAUACGUGCAGCAUGGCCCCGGAGAGCCGCUUCGACUGUGCCAGGGACCGGCUGCUGAGCCGGGGGGAGUGUGCGGAGAGGGGCUGCUGCUACGACCCUCUGCCCGGCUCCGCAGGACCACCCUGGUGCUUCUACCCCAGUUUGUACCCCGGCUACGAAAUGGGUCCCCUCACUCCCACCCCGCGGGGCGAGGAGGCCUCCCUGACCCGAGCCAUCCCCUCCCAUCUCCCCGGAGACAUCACCUCUCUACAGCUGGAAGUGUCGGAAGAGACCGCAGGCUGCUUCCAUCUCACCUUAAAGGACCCGUCAUCUCCGAGAUAUGAAGUCAAACUCCCGCCUGGUGUUCCUCAGAGAAAGACUGCUGAUAAAGAUGUCCUCUUUUCCACUGAAUACCAGUCUGACCCAUUCGGCUUCAUAAUGCGGCGUAAAUCCAAUGGGAGGGUGAUCGUGAACACCACAGUCGCCCCUCUGCUGUUUGCUGAUCAGUACCUGCAGAUGUCCACCGCACUAGCAUCGCCCCACGUGUCAGGCCUCGGGGAGCAUUACUCCUCCCUCCUCCUGGACCUCAACUGGACUUCUCUGACUCUCUGGAACAGAGACAUGGCGCCUCAUGCCGAUGCUAACCUGUACGGCUCCCACCCAUUCUACAUCGUGCAGGAGCAAGACGGCCUGGCACAUGGAGUCUUCCUGCUUAACAGCAAUGCCAUCGAAGUCGUGUUGCAGCCGACCCCCGCUCUCACCUGGGUGGCCAUCGGUGGAGUUCUUGACCUUUACGUUUUCUUGGGUCCUGACCCUCGGAGUGUUAUACGACAGUACCUCCGGGUCAUUGGCUAUCCUAUGAUGCCUCCCUAUUGGUCGUUGGGUUUUCAUCUGUGUCGCUGGGGUUACACAACCACCGCCACUACCCGACGUGUGGCGCAACGAAUGCGCAAUGCAACCUUUCCCAUGGACGUGCAGUGGAAUGAUCUGGACUAUGCGAAUAAGGACAGGGUAUUCACCUUUGACCCCUGGCGAUUUGGGGACCUCCCAGAGAUGGUGGAGGAAUUCCAUAAAAGUGGCAUGAAGUACAUCCUUAUCCUGGACCCGGGGAUCAGCAGCACCAGCCCCCCUGGGACUUAUUUUCCCUUUGAUGACGGACUGAGACGAGACGUCUUCAUAAAAAAUGCCACAGGGCACAUCCUGAUUGGGAAGGUUUGGCCGGGCCCAACCGCCUUCCCCGACUUCACCAACCCAGAGACGGGCCGCUGGUGGGAGGACUGCAUCCGAGAGUUCCAUUCCAAGGUUCCUGUGGAUGGUCUGUGGAUUGACAUGAAUGAGCCAGCCAGUUUUGUGCAGGGCUCAUCGGAGGGUUGUCCUGACGGUGAUCUUGAGAACCCGCCCUACACACCCAGGGUGGUUGGAGGCAAGUUGAACUCGGGGACUCUUUGUAUGUCGGCUCAGCAGAAGCUGUCCACCCACUACAACCUACACAAUAUGUACGGACUGACUGAAGCCUGCGCAACGCACAGUGCUCUCGUGAAGGUACGAGAGAAGAGACCCUUCGUCCUGUCUCGCUCCUCCUUCCCUGGGAUUGGACGCUUCUCUGCAGUGUGGACGGGAGACGUCAGGAGUGACUGGGAGCAGCUUCGUUACUCCAUCCCUGCGGUGCUGCGGUUCGGCCUGUUCGGCGUGCCUCUUGUGGGGGCGGACAUCUGUGGCUUUGGAGGGAACACCAACGAGGAACUGUGUGUACGAUGGAUGCAGCUCGGGGCCUUCUACCCGUUUAUGAGAAACCACAACGACAAGUCCAACGCACCCCAGGAGCCCUACGUGUUCGGGCAGAAGGCCCAGGCAGCCAUGCGGAGUGCAUUGAACCUGCGUUACUCCCUCCUCCCGUUCCUCUACACGCUCUUCCAUCAUGCACACACUGCUGCUGCCACCGUGGCCAGGCCUCUCUUCAUGGAGUUUCCCAGCGACGAGAACUGUCGGGCCAUAGACCGUCAGUUCCUGUGGGGGAGUUCACUUCUUAUCAGCCCAGUCUUGGAGCGAGGGGCAGUAGAGCUGGCUGCUUAUCUGCCCUCUGGCACUUGGUACAGCCUGCACAAUGGUCAGCCUUUCUACAGUAAGGGUCAGUACCUGCUCCUGCCAGCGCCUCUGGACACCAUCAACGCCCAUGUGAGGGAAGGACAUAUUAUCCCCCAGCAAGAGCCGGCUUUGACGUCCACAGCCUCGCGCAGAAACCCUUUCUUCCUGACCGUGGCUCUGUCGACAGGCGGCUGGGCCUGGGGAGACUUGUUCUGGGACGACGGCGACACACUCAACACGUUCGAAGGGGGAAAUUAUUGUUACGUUAUCUUCACUGCUGGGCAGUCUCAGGUGGUGAGUGAUCCCACCAGGCUGAAUGGGGCCCUGGACGGUCUGGUGCUGGGAGGGCUGCAGGUGUUUGGGGUGCCCUCGCCACCCUUAUAUGUAUUAGCCAAUGGGAGAAAAGUCUGGGAUUUUACGUACCGCAGUGACACCAAGCUUUUGACGGUGACCAACAUUGCUUUGCCAAUGUCAGAGGUGUUUACAGUCCAAUGGGCUCUCUGAUGCACUGAAGCUUGUUACCUGUGAACAUAUGGUAGCGCAUGUAAUGCUGCAAGGAUCACACAGCAGCUGAUUUCUUUGAGCCAUCCCAACCGCCCCGGAGCUCCAGAUGCACGUUAUGGUUGCCAUAUCUAUGGGAGGUCAUUUUUGCUGCAAACUGCUACACACCACGGCCGCGUAAUAUCUUGUAAAUGUAUUCACCUUUGAUAUUUCUUUGUGUUUUAUAUGUAAUUUUUUUACUGAAGUGCAGUGUAUAAAUAGAUGUGUCUGCAUGUGAGCGCUUAUCAGAACUUUACUGGGAGUCUCCUAAGAUGCUGCAAAUACUGUUUCAUGCUGUCUCUGAAAUGAAAACCAGAAUGCCAA